AUGAUCUCGACGACGCGAAUCGAGAGGUUGAAUUCUGUUUCAUUGACGUCCCGCGCUCGAGCGCGUCGACGGACGACGACGCGGGCGGAGCGAGGGAAAAGUCGCGAACGGCUCGGCGUGCCGAGGCACUCGAACGAGGGAGCGCAAGAUGCCGAGCGCGAGGACGAGAAGCACGGCGACGGGGUCGGGGCGAGACGCACGAGGGUUAUACCAAAGGCACGACGGGCGCGAGCGUCCGCGCUCACGGGGGUAUCGGGGCUCGAGCGCGUCGCUGUCGGUGAAUGGUUCGGGGGGUCGGAUUCGAAGACCAAGACGCGGACGACGACUUUGCGAUGCGGAGAGGCGCGCUUGGUGGUGACGCGAGGCGGGAGCGUGACGUUGAAGCGUGGGAGUGAGAUCGUGUGCGAGGCCAAGUGUGCGCUGCCGGCGUUGGCGUUGACAGAGGAUGGCGUGGUCACGCGCGACGAGAACGGCGGGGCAACGAUUACGUGGGGACAGUGGGCGUCGUUAGUGAUUCGACCGAGCACGUCGGCGACGGAGGAGACGUCUUGGUGCGUGGGUUUGAGAGAUGGUUUUGUUUUGGACUUCUCGGUGGCCGACGCGGGGUUUUUACACUACACGGCGGAGAUUCAGUUGGAUUUGGAUCGCGUCGGAGAGGUCUACGGCGGAUCCCACCUCAUGGCGCAGCACUGGCCGUUGAACGAAGGGUGCAUGGAGAUUGGUCCGCAUUAUCCGUUCGACAACGGGCCAAAUGGGUUAAACACACUCGUUUCAUCGCACUGGGUCACGAGUAAGGGUGUCGCCGUGGUCGCGGAUCCUGACACUCCAUACUUCCAUGUCGGCCUGAACGCUCCGUACGCGACGUGGUUCGACGGGUUCAUGAGCAAGCGUAAAUUCGGCGUCGGUAUUCAGAAUGCAACGCGAACCAUACUUCCAAUUCGUAAAGGGCGUCGUGAGGGCGACGGUCUACUUCGCCUCCAGGCGAGAAACUCGUUUCACAAGGGGUACGGCCCGUUCAGCAUGAACCAUCCGAUGAUUGACUGGGUUUCUCCGAAGCACGUGGGCGAAACGCGAAGACACAUGCGCGUCGCACUGUGUGCGAAUGCGAAUGUUAAGGACGCGACUAUGAACGUGUUGGGUACGCUGCAAAAGCCCAAGGCAUCGCCGCCGUCGGAAGUUCUCCGAGCACCUAUUUGGACCACCUGGGCAAAGAUGAAGACGAAUGUCUCUCAAGAAAAGGUGCUGAACUUUGCGCAAGAAAUUUUGGAUAACGGCAUGCGCGGGAGCGUGAUCGAGAUCGACGACAAGUGGCAGUGCGCGUACGGUGAUCUCGAAUUCGAUGAAUCUAAGUUUCCGAAGCCGGGAAAGAUGGUGGAGCAACUGCACGCGAUGGGUUUCAAAGUCACUGUAUGGGUCAUGCCGUUCAUCGCGGAGGACACGAACGCGUACAGAGAGGGUAACGCGAAGGGGUAUUUCGUCAAGUCCAGCAUUCGCAACGGAUUCUUCAACUGGUGGCAAUCACCUCCGGUCGUCGCGUUGGACGUCACGAAUCCGGAGGCCGUGGACUGGUUCGUUGGGAGACUAAAGCGUCUGCAAGAGAAGCAUGGCAUUGAUGGCUUCAAGUUUGACGCCGGAGAGCCGUGCUUCUUGCCCAGACGUUUCGUCACGCACACGCCUUUGUCGCAUCCAUCCGAGUACACGCGUGCUUGGGUGAAUAACGUCGCCGCGCGGUUCGAUCUCGCCGAGGUCCGUAGUGGCCAUAACACGACUGGCAACGCCUCGCUCGUUCGCAUGGGAGAUCGUUUCUCCGACUGGGGUAUUGAGAACGGUUUGGGAUCCAUUAUUCCGGCGCUUUUAACCUCGGGCGUGCUUGGGUACCCGUUUUGCCUCCCAGACAUCAUCGGUGGCAACGCUUACUUCGGUAAGAAUCCCGACGAGGAGCUCCUUGUGCGUUGGACGCAGGCGAAUGCGCUCAUGCCGGCGAUGCAGUUUUCACUCACGCCUUGGUCAUCCGGUGCUGGCACCACGGAGUUGGUCGCUCGGGCGCUGGAGAAGCGCGAUCAAUUUGUUGACGCGCUUGUACAUCAUAGCGAACGAGCGGUAGAGACGUUAGAGCCUAUUUGUCGCCCGUUGUGGUGGCUCGAUCCGGAGGACAGCGAGACGUUUCGAAUCGGCGAUCAGUUCGCCAUCGGCGAUGACGUCAUUGUCGCUCCUGUAGUUUGUAGAGGCGCGAACGAAAGAGCAAUUUAUUUGACCGAGGGUCGUUGGCGCGAAUUAGCCAACGGCAAGGUCCACGAGGGCAAGCAAUGGAUGCGCAACUUUGAAGCGCCCAUAGGUGCCCUCCCCAUCUUCGUACGUUGCGACGUCGAGGCGUAG